AAUAACUCCAGGGCGAGCCCGGGCACACAGGGGCCGGACCACAGGACAGCGCUCCCCCAGACUCAGUCAAGUGGCUGGGGGCUGCGGCUUCAGUGCUGGCUACACCACUCCAGGUGCAGGCGGCGGAUCCUCCUCAGGGGCGGAGCCGGGCGGCUGCGCUCGCGUUGGAGUGGUCAGUGGCCGCCCCCCAGCCAAGGCCACUGAGCGACGGCCUGGAGGACGCUUAAUGUUGGAAAACUUGGACCAGACGAUUCUCUCUAACUGUGGGUCACUGGAAGGUCAGCAGGAUUUCCAAGCCCCGGAGUUUGAAGAAUUUGAUGGAAAACCCGACUCCCUCUUUUUUAAUGACGGCCAACGGAGAAUCGACUUUGUGCUCGUGUAUGAAGAUGAAAGCAGAAAAGAGCCCAAUAAAAAGGGCACAAAUGAAAAACAGCGGAGAAAAAGGCAAGCAUAUGAAUCUAACCUCAUCUGCAAAGGGCUGCAGCUAGAAGCAACAAGAUCAGUGUUGGAUGACAAGCUGGUGUUCGUGAAAGUGCAUGCACCGUGGGACGUGCUGUGUACGUACGCUGAGCUAAUGCACAUCAAGUUGCCCCUGAAACCCAAUGACCUGAAAACCCGCUCUUCAGCCUUCAGCCAUCUCAACUGGUUCACUAAAGUCCUCAGUGUGGACGAAAAUAUCAUCAAGCCGGAGCAAGAGUUCUUCACGGCCCCAUUUGAAAAGAACCGAAUGAAUGAUUUCUACAUUGUUGAUAAAGAUGCCUUCUUCAAUCCGGCCACCAGAAGUCGCAUUGUUUACUUCAUCCUCUCGCGGGUCAAGUAUCAAGUGAUAAACAACGUGAGCAAGUUUGGGAUUAACAGACUCGUGAGUUCUGGAAUCUACAAGGCAGCGUUCCCGCUCCAUGAUUGCAAAUUCGGCCAACGGUCGGAGGAUCCCAGCUGCCCUAACGAGCGGUACCUUCUGUACCGGGAGUGGGCUCAUCCGCGCAGCAUAUACAAAAAGCAGCCCUUGGACCUUAUCAGGAAAUAUUACGGAGAGAAGAUCGGAAUCUACUUUGCUUGGCUGGGCUAUUACACGCAGAUGCUGCUGCUGGCCGCGGUGGUGGGGGUGGCCUGCUUCCUCUACGGAUAUCUCAACCAGAAUCACUGUACCUGGAGCAAAGAAGUCUGUGAUCCUGACAUUGGUGGAAAUAUCAUAAUGUGCCCUCAGUGCGAUAAACUUUGUCCGUUCUGGAAGCUCAAUAUUACCUGCGAGUCCUCAAAGAAAUUGUGCAUCUUUGACAGUUUUGGAACUCUGAUCUUUGCCGUGUUUAUGGGAGUGUGGGUCACGUUGUUCUUGGAGUUCUGGAAGCGGCGCCAGGCAGAGCUGGAGUACGAGUGGGACACCGUGGAGCUGCAGCAGGAAGAGCAAGCCCGACCGGAGUACGAAGCACAGUGCACUCAUGUGGUGAUAAACGAGAUCACGCAGGAAGAAGAGCGCAUCCCCUUCACCACCUGUGGGAAGUGCAUCCGGAUAACUCUCUGCGCCAGCGCUGUCUUUUUCUGGAUCCUCCUGAUCAUCGCUUCGGUGAUCGGAAUCAUCGUCUACAGGCUGUCCGUGUUCAUUGUGUUUUCCACAACCCUCCCCAAAAGCUUCAACGGGACAGACCCGAUCCAGAAGUACCUGACCCCGCAGAUGGCCACGUCCAUCACCGCGUCCAUCAUCAGCUUCAUCAUCAUCAUGAUUCUGAACACCAUCUACGAAAAAGUGGCCAUCAUGAUCACUAACUUCGAGCUCCCAAGGACCCAGACUGAUUAUGAGAACAGCCUGACCAUGAAGAUGUUCCUGUUCCAAUUUGUCAACUACUACUCCUCCUGCUUCUACAUAGCGUUUUUCAAGGGCAAGUUUGUAGGCUAUCCAGGAGACCCGGUGUACUGGCUGGGGAAGUACAGAAAUGAAGAGUGCGACCCGGGGGGCUGCCUGCUUGAGCUGACGACCCAGCUGACGAUCAUCAUGGGAGGAAAAGCAAUCUGGAAUAACAUACAAGAAGUAUUACUUCCCUGGAUCAUGAAUCUAAUUGGACGUUAUCGCAGAGUUUCUGGAUCGGAAAACAUAAGCCCACGGUGGGAACAGGAUUACCAUCUGCAGCCCAUGGGAAAACUGGGAUUGUUUUAUGAGUAUCUUGAAAUGAUUAUUCAGUUUGGGUUCGUCACCUUAUUUGUGGCCUCCUUUCCGCUGGCCCCUCUGCUGGCUCUCGUGAACAAUAUAUUGGAAAUAAGAGUGGACGCGUGGAAACUGACCACCCAGUUUAGACGCAUGGUGCCGGAAAAGGCCCAAGACAUCGGCGCGUGGCAGCCCAUCAUGCAAGGAAUCGCAGUUCUGGCUGUGGUGACGAACGCCAUGAUCAUUGCCUUCACGUCAGACAUGAUCCCCCGCCUGGUGUAUUACUGGUCCUUCUCCAUCCCGCCCUAUGGAGACCACGCCGACUACACCAUGGAGGGCUACAUCAACAACACGCUGUCCAUCUUCAACGUCUCGGACUUCAAAGACAGAAGCAAGGCGGACUCCAACUCUGGCCUUGGUAACCACACCACGUGCAGGUAUCGUGAUUUCCGAAAUCCGCCUGGACACCCACAGGAGUACAAACACAACAUCUACUAUUGGCAUGUGGUUGCUGCCAAGCUGGCUUUUGUCAUUGUCAUGGAGCACCUCAUCUACUCCGUGAAAUUUUUCAUCUCCUACGCAAUUCCGGAUGUCUCAAAGAGCACGAAGAGCAAGAUCAAGAGGGAAAAGUACUUAACCCAGAAGCUGCUUCAUGAGAGUCACAUGACGAAGAACAUGGGUAUUAUAAUUCAGAAGAUGUCAGAAGUGGUAGAUAACAACUUCCGACCGAAGUCGGAGUGAGAGCUUUCUGUUCUGAGAGAUGCUUUAAAGGAUUUAGUUCUGUCAAAAUAUGUUAGGAAUCGCUAAUGAGAAUGUGGAAGUUAAAUCACGCCAGCAAAUACGAGUCUUCGCUGUUGUCAUGUUCGUGCAGUUUCCCGUUUCAGCGAGUGAUGCGAGAGCUGUGGAACGUAAAAGUAGAUCAAGAGGGGCAUAAAGCUUCUCACCUGGAAAGCCUCAUGUGACCUUUUUUUGAUAAAUUAGAAUUCUAGUAACACAGAAAAAGUCUUUUUACUAUGCUUAAAAACCACCCCUUCUAAAGCAGAUCGAGUUUUUCUCUUCGAUUACUUCUUUUCCUUUCUGUUCUCAAACAUGAUCUCCCUUAUUUUUAGGUAAUGUUUCUUUUUUGCAAUUUUUUCUUUUUGUACCGGGAAUUGAACUCAGGACCUUGCGCUUGCCAGGCAGGUGCGGUGCCGCUGAGCCAUAUCCCCGGCCUUAGGUAAUGUUUCAUUUCUUCACUUCACCAAAUCUGUUCCAGAGUUGACUUUUCCUUCGGGUCCCAUCAUUCAAGACUAGCCGUGCUACCAUCUCAGUAGUGUUCGUGUGAUUAAAAAGUAGCUAGCACAGGGUUGAGUUUGAGUCCUCUGGUAAGUGGCCAUAGAUUCAAGAAUUCACAAUAUUUAGGGAUAUUAUCAUAUCUGCACACAGAGGAAGCCCUAAUUUAAUAAGAAGGAGUUUCAGUCUCCAUUCCAGCCUGUCUUUCCACCUCAGAAAUACCCGUAAUGGAUCGGGAUGCAGAGAGCAAGCUCUUGACGCAUGUUUGUAUUAACCCGCAGUGACACCUUUUAUCUUCUAGGAGCAUUCCUAGAAUGUUCUGUGCCUAAUCAGUGUCGACUGCAUUGUAGACCUCCAGGGAAUAAGAUGACAAAAGUAAGGAACGUGACAGAAUUGUAACUCACAUUGAUCUGGAUAAUUAAUUUACCUCUUCUAAAGAUCUGUCGUUUCCUGCAGAAAAAAAAAAAUAGUAACUGACUUAUUGAAAUGACAUUGUUAUCCACAGAAUGGUCUAGAAAAGAUAAGGCCCUCCGUUUCCCGCCAGUUGACGUUUACGCACUAAAUACAAGAGGUGCUUUGUUACAGAUCACCAGGCGCCUUAGUGAACGGCUCGCGCUGUAGCCCUUGUGGCGGGUGCCGCUGUGCAUGGUCGGGGAGACAGCAGACGCCCUGACUGUGAGCCGCACCCUGUGGACCUUGUGUGGGAGGAAUCUGCAGGGCUUUAUUGCUGUGUGCCAAAGUGAUAAAUACACCAAAGCACCUGCCGUAGUGCGAAUGUGGCUUCCUUGCACCUUCCCUCCGCUUAUCCUGAGCCCAGUUCCUUGGCGAUGACAUGCUUGCACUAGAGACCAGAGUGUUGCUCAUCACGGGAGGAGACUGGACUGGACUUGAGUGUCCCGCUUCUUCUGAGGCUCACCAGGUAGUGAAGGGUGACAGGAGAAGGAUUGGGUCACAGACCCCAGUGUCGUUUGGGGAGCACAUCCUGCCGACCUCCUGCAGCACCAUGCGCACCUUGCCCUGUUUACUCAGCCUAGCAGCUUGCUGAGCCUUCCUGUCUUUGAACUGUCAGUUAACAGGGCCUGCAGCUCUCCGCAGCCAUGCUGGGUAGAGGAGGAGGCGGCUCACCGCAUGUUUGUGCCUAGGCCCUGUCCCCUCCCAACUGCUGUCCAAUCCUCAGGUUCCCCAGGAGCCAGUCUAGCCAAACGCCUGCAGCAGAGUGAAACACAUUUCGGUGCCCGGCCCCGAAAGGCUGGUAUUCUAAUAGAGUGGCUUAGCUCCCGAUCACAGCUAUGAAUGUUUUCAGUUUUUUUAAGGAAGUGUGUACAUACCAUAUGCAUGAUGUAUAUAAUUCCUCAAAGCAGUAUUCUGGGCUUUUGAACUGUCCCAGUGGAGCAGGGACAAUAUUUCACUACCUUUCUGGAAAUGUAUGUUAGCAGAAUGUUCAGGUUGCUCAGGACAGGCCGCAGGAGGCCUGCCGGCCUGGGACGGAAAGAUGAGCGUCUUCGCACCAGAACUGUGUUCUUGUUUCCACGUGUCCUAGAGGGGGCGCUACUCGCCCUUGCCCGCUCUCCGUGAGACAGCUCCUGGAGGGGUGUGUCACUUCUUCUCUUCUUACCUCUGCUCCUCUCUGAAGCGGUGACUAUCUCCUGGUGUUAGAUUCUGCACUUUCUCACUAUGUCAUCAUAGAAAAGGAAAUGUUUGUACUUUAUCUCUCUGAAUCUAGGAUAGAUUUUCCAAAGAAACGUGCGUUUAUGUGUUCUUGGCCCCACCUGAGAGAUCCCUCUUCAUAAUUAAAAUGUGCUGCUGUGGACAGGAGCAGAAGAAAUUCCUCUGCGUUUCGUUAGGCAGCAAAGGUGGCACCCAACACAGCCAGUUUGUCCCAAAGAGCUCAGUUGCCAUGGAGACGGAGAUACCCCACCCCAUGCCGUCAGCGGUGUUCACGUGAGUGUAAUGUAGCGGGUGGGAGGUAUGGGGAGCUAUGCCUACGGACUGGGGAUCUGCAUCUGUCAGAGGAGUGGAGGGGGCCGCCCACGCCGGGACCCACGGGGCAUGGCAGAGGGCCUUGAAGGGAGCUCUGCCCUCACCCUGUCUGGUGUUAACCACUAGAGGAAUUUCAGCUCUGCCCUUUUGUAAUGCCUGUGAAUUUUAGUGGAUUGAAGCAUUCGACCAAAUACUCAGGGGUUUAUUUUCUUUCAGCAUCCCUCAGAUGUUCUAAAUAUUUCAUUAGAAAUGGAAAGCCAUCAUUUUUGUUGUAAAACUAACCUAGGCAAUCUUGUAAAAUGUCACACCAGACUCCUUUUUAUUGCACCUGUAUCUUGAAUUUCACGGAACAUUAAUUCACAGUAGGGAGCAGAGAGUGAUCUGUUGGUGAAACACAUCUUGUACUAUUUUCUUACUGUACUGUGUUCAUAUUAUAACGUGUUUGAAAAGUAAACACAUGGGCAGAACCGAAAUCUUCAUUACGCUUUUCAUACACUGUGGCCUAAGAUGUAAAAUUUGUAAUUAAUGUUUGUUAAUUUCUAUGCAUUUAAUAGUCUUUUGUAAUUAUGAGCAUUUUAAUAAAUUCAUUUUUACAAACAA